UAUGCUCAUGGAAUAUCAAGAUGCCAGCAGCUUUGAUCUAGUUCAGGUCGUUCUAGGGAUCCUAUCAUUCUUUGUAACAUCGUUAGGAAGCCUUUCGAUCGGAGUUAUUUGUGGCCUCUUUACAGCCGUAAUUACCAAGUUCACUAAGGAAGUAAGGGUUAUUGAACCAUUGUGCAUAAUAGCUUUGGCCCAUAUGUCUUAUUUGGUAGCUGAAACCCUACACUGGUCAGGAAUGAUAUCGAUGAUUGGUUGUGGACUUUUACAAAGUUUCUAUGCAAUGGAUAAUAUAAGUAAGAAGAGCUUUACAACAGUAAAAUAUUUUAUGAAAAUGUUGGCAACACUUAGCGACACAAUAAUUUUUAUGCUACUCGGACUGGAAGUAAUUAAGACGAAACAUACGUUCGAUGGACCAUUAAUUGCUUGGACAAUAUUUCUAUGCUUCAUAGCAAGAGCAAUUUCAGUGUUUGGUAUUACAGCUGUUGCUAACAAAACUUAUCGUUUUCGAAAGGUUUCAGUAAGGGAGCAAUUUAUUAUUUUCUAUGGAGGUAUUAGAGGAGCAGUUUCUUACGCAAUAGGAGUAAAUAUUCCUUCAUCGAAUGUUCAUAAGUACACGUUCCUAACUGCUACUUUCACAGUUAUUGUUUUCACUGUAUUCGUUCAGGGAACAACGGUUAAGCCUUUGGUGGAUUUGUUCGGCAUAGAUAAAGCUAUAAAAGAAGUUACUAUGUUUGAGGAAAUUAACAAACAGUUAACUAAUCAUGUUUUACAAGCCAUUCAAAUUCUUGUUGGACAAAAGGGUGACAACGCUUUUCACUCUAUUUUUCGUUACGUAGACGAUAAUCUAUUGAGCAAGCACUUAAGAGUUGAAUUAGCUGGUGUUGAAGAUAAAAUGUUAAGAAGAUACUGGAAAUUACUUCAAGCUGAACUGUUAGCCCAAAGAGAUGUCCUUAAAGAAUCGUCCGACAAAAAGGGAAAGAUGAAAAAUCUUAAUGAAAUCUAUAGGGAAUUAUUAGAAAAAUCAAAAAUGCGUCAAAUAAGGCAACAAAGUGUCGAUAUUGUCCAUGAUGCUCAUGCCUUAUCAACCCUACUUCAGCAGAGUACUUUACAAGAAGACGAACGGAGGAGAAAGGUUGAUAAGAGAAACAUAAUCGACGAGGAUGAAGAUGAAGAUAAGAUGGGCGGAGAAAAUGACCUACGACGAAAAUUAUAUGAAAAAUCCGGUAAAAAACAAAUUACUCUAUAA